CUUUGAAAUGGGAAAGAAAGAAAAAAAAGGAAACCACAUCCUUUGUACUCUUAGUAUAUAAAUAAGAGCUAGUCAAGAACUGAAAACACAUUUCACAUUGAUUGAUGUGGGGACACCAGCCACAAUGAGGAACUCCUCUACCUUUCUGGCAGCCACUCUCUCGAUUGUCGUUUUUCUCCUAAUUCCUGAAGUUUGCAGGAGAUGGGGACUUUUUUUUGUGCUCACCAAUCACAGGACUCUGCAAAAUGAAGUACUGUACUGAGUGUACAAUUUCUACAGCUCAGACAGUUCAAAGAUGCAUCUUUGGAAUCCAUCUCUUCAUGAUAUCGAUCAGGAAAAUUGAGAUAUCUCUGUGAAAAAAUUAUUGGAGGAAAUCAAGUGACUCCUCAUUCAAGACCCUACAUGGUGCUACUUCAUGGGGAAAACAUCUGUGCCGGAGCUUUGAUUGCCCAAGACUGGGUAUUGACUGCAGCUCACUGUCCCCUGAACCGGAAAUCCCAGAUCAUUCUUGGGGCUCACUCAAUAAACAAGGAAGAGCCUGAAAAACAGAUCAUGUUCGUUAAGAAAGAGUUUCCCUAUCCGUGCUAUGACCCGGACACACAUGAAGGCGAUCUUAAACUUCUAAAGCUGAAAAAAAAAGCAACACUUAAUAAAAACGUGGCUAUCCUUCAGCUUCCAAAAGAGGGCAAAGAUGUGGAUCCAGAAACUGCAUGUCGAGUUGCAGGGUGGGGACAGUCUCACAAUAAUUCCCCUGUGUCCAAGAUUUUGAGAGAAGUCAAUGUCACCAUCAUAGACAGAAAAAUCUGCAAUGAUCAAUCACACUAUAAUUAUAAUCCUGUGAUUGGACUGAAUAUGAUUUGUGCUGGAAGCCCCCAAGGUGGAAAAGACUCCUGCCGUGGAGAUUCUGGAAGCCCUCUGAUAUGUAACAACACCUUCAGAGGCAUCACUUCCUUUGGCAUUCCGGGGAAAUGCGGAGACCCUCGAGGGCCCGGCGUCUAUACACUUCUCUCAAAGAAACACCUCAACUGGAUAGUUAAGACUAUGAAGCAAGCAGUUUAGAUACUUGUAUUUCAUUUGCUGUUACUUUUUUAAAAAUUGUCUCGAAGUAUAGUUGAUUUACAAUGUUGUAUUAGUUUCAGGUGUACAGCAAAGUGAAUCAGAGUUACACAUAUAUCCACUCUUUUUUUAGAUUCUUUUCCUAUAUAAGCCAUUACAGACUAUUAAAUAGAGUUCCCUGUGCUAUAUAGCAGGUUCUUAUUAGUUACCUAUUUUAAAUAAAUUGAUAGUAGCAUGUAUAUGUCAGUCCCAAUCUCUCAAUAUAUCACUCCCCCCAUCCCUGAUAACCUUAAGUUUGUUUUCUACAUCUGUGACUCUACUUUUGUUUCAUCAAUAAGUUCAUUUUACCCUUUUUUUUCGAUUCCACAUACAUGUGAUAUCAUAUGAUAUUUGACCUUCUGUGUCUGACUUACUUCACUCAGUAUGACAAUCUCCAUCCAUAUUGCUGCAAAUGACAUUACUUUGUUCUUUUUUAUGGCUGAGUAAUAUUCCAUCGUAUAUAUGUACCACAUCUUUAUUAUCCAUUCCUCUGGACAUUUAGGUUGCUUCCAUGUCCUGGUUAUUGUUAAGUGGUGCUGCAAUGAACAUUGGGAUGCAUAUAUCUUUUUGAAUUAUGGUUUUCUUCAGAUAUACACCCAGUGCUGUCAUUUCUUAAUUUCAUUAUAAAUAAAAUCAACUUCUAUCACUGUACUUGCCUCCUAUAACAUAUAGCAGGCAGAUAUCCACCAGCAAAGUGGAACAGAGUAAUAUAGAGACCUUGUGGAUAAUGCAAGGGACAGAUCAAGGGUCCAGGGUCACCUCUGUCAUCCAUGUGACAAGUGACAUGCAAAUUUGACUUGAAUUAUUUACUUCACUGAUUCAAUGAGCUGGGCCCAGCAGGAGGAACACCAAGGUCAGUCUGUCUAGUAACAAAUACAGUCAAGGGAGGGCCCAGCAAUUCUGCAAGAAACAGAAGCAGCCAGUCUGGAGCAUUUGGAUUAAAAGGAAAUAUUCACCCUUCACAGGCCAUUGUUCCACAUCAACACCUGCUACUCAGAUUUAUAUACAAGAACCUGAGUCCAUUGGGAGAAGCAGAAACAGGAAAUGCCUUAGAGUAUUUCUCAAAGCAGGCAAGAAAUGGAAAUUAAAAUUCUAGGGGAUAUUAACAAGGCACUUAGCCAGAGAAAGUCAGCCUCCUUUUUCAGUAGUUUGAAUUUAAGCCUUGGGUUAGCUAGGUAAUUUCUUGAUUCUCCUCGUCCUUGAGCCUGGGUAGGUACAAUCAACAUGGUUAUGGUGGCUGCCAUCUCAUACUAGGGAGUGAGUGCUGAAUCAUGGUCUGGAAGCUUCCUUUGGGAGAGAAACCAAGAUGUUCAUUCAGCAUGCUGAGCAUAGUGGAUAGUCAUCAGCCCAGUAGCCGCAUCAAGAUUAUAUGAACAGAUUCCUUUGAUUUCUAUCAGUUCGUUUUGGAAUAUAAAUCGUAUGUGUGUGUAUGUAUACAUAUGUAAACAUAUACAUAUAAACACAUGGUAUGUCCAAACUAAGAACAUAAAGCAACACUAUGAGACAGCUUCUUAAAACAAACGAGGGGACAGAGCUUAUAGACUGACCAAAAUACUGGCCCACUGGUUUUCAACCAUGGCUGCCCAUUAGACUUAACAGGCUCUUUAAAAUGACCAAUGUCUAUGCCUCACUUUUAGAAAUUUUUUUUAAUUUGAUGAGAACCAGGACAAAGUGUUCUUUUUAUAAGUUUCCCCAAUGAUUUUAAUAUGCAGCUGGUGAUAAGAACCCUUAUAUUAGAAAUGAAAUCUCAUGCUGAUAUCUAAAAGAGAUAAGAGAGUCACUAGGAUGAUAUUUUAGAUGCCUGCUAUAAGCCAUAAUUAGGAUUUUAAUAGCAAUAAGAAGACGGAUGGAAUAUUCUCUACUGGCAACGUUUAUUACAGAUUCUGAAGUUUGCUUAAAAAUAGUUGUGUGAAACUCUUGUUCAUUGCUGGUGGAAGUGUAAAUUGGUAGAGUUUCUUAGGAAAAGUGACAAUGUCUAUUAAAACUGAAUAAACACA